UUACUCGUGCACUGCGCGGCACCGAGAUAAGUGGUCGCCAAAUGUCUGUGAUCGCUGAUUGGUCGCUACUGGUCGGCUACUCGUUUAACUCGCGUUGAUGAACAGUAAUUUAUUCCGCUAUAUAUCCGUUUGUAAUUUUCCUCUGGAGGUGUCAUUCGGUCGUCUCGCGUGCGAGACUGUUAUAAAAUUCAAUAUUGUAUCAUAAAUAGUAAACGUAGGUACCUAAACGGUUUUCGAGAGACACGCGCGUGUUUUUGUAUUCGCGUCAGAUUAUUUUAUUAUAAUAUUAUAUUGUAUAGAAUAUUUAAAUAAUAAAUAAAAAAAUAGUCGAUUGUCUUUUACGUUCAUUAAUCCGAUUUCGGUCAUUACUUAAUAAUAACACAUAAAAUGUCUACAAAUAACCAAACGGAUCAAAAAAAAGGAGAUGACCAAAAACGUGCCGUUCAACUUAACCAAGUACCACCACUACCAGGUGAUGAGGGUAAAAUGUCGGAUUCGCUCAAAUGGUUUGCAUUCGUGUCGUACGGUGUCGGUCACGUGCUCAAUGACUUGGUCGCCUCCAUGUGGUUCACCUACGCCCUGGUGUUCUACCACUACGUCAUGCAGCUAUCCAGCAUCAAUGCCGGGGCUGUGGUGCUCGUCGGCCAGCUAACGGACGCGGUUGCGACGGCCGCAAUAGGUGUGUUAUCGGAUAACGCCAACAUCUACUGUACCGAUCGAUACGGUCGCCGCAAGACUUGGCACCUGUUCGGCAGUGUACUGGUGUUCAUAAGUUUGCCGUUCGCGUUCUCGCCGCCCAUAUUGCCACAAGUCGAGAGCUCCGAACUGAACACCGCUCUGUACUACUGUUUCUUCAUCGUCUUCUUCCAAAUCGGAUGGGCAUCCAUCGAGAACUCGCACAUGGCGUUGGCUUCGGACCUGACGCCGAUAAGGGACGAACGAACGGCGUUACUAUCCAUCAGGUAUAGUUUUACCGUCUUUGCAAACAUCCUGGUGUACGUAGUCACGUAUAUCGUGCUCAGAAGUAACAACGCGAGCAAAACUCAAUUUGGACCUUCGGAAAGAAAAGAAUUCCAAAUAGUAAUAUUGGUGAUAAUGAUUGUCGGGGCUAUGACGACCAUAAUAUUUCACAUUGGUGUACGCGAACCACUUAUCAACAACCGUGUGAAUCGACAGCUCCUGAUGACAGAGACGGAGGCUGAACGCGCGGCCAACAGCAUUUGGUCCAUGUUAAAAAGCAUCACCCUUUACCAGACGGCCGUCGUGUACAUGUGUUCUCGGAUCACGGUCAACAUGACUUUGGUGUUCUUGCCGAUGUACUUACAAGAUUUUUUGAAACUGGAAGCCGAAAAACUAGCACUGUUGCCCUUGAUAAUGUUCGUCAGCAGUUUUUGUAUGUCGCUCCUCAACAAGCCCAUGAACAUGAAGCUCGGCAGAAAGUACACUUAUUCGUUUGGCGUGGUGUUAUCAUUGGGUUCGGCGUUUUGGUGUUAUGUAGGCGAAGGUGACACAUUUGCCAAAUAUCAAGUAUACGCGGUCACUAUCAUAAUAGGUAUUGCUUGUUCGGUGGUAUUGGUCACCAGUCAAGCACUGACCACUGAUUUUAUCGGCGACAGGACGCACAGGGGCGCCUUCACGUUCGGCCUGAUGAGCUUUACCGACAAAGUAUGCAACGGGGCCGUAGUCAUGGCCGUCCAGUCUUUGCACUGCGAGUCGUGUCCGAGUUACUAUCGUGACGUGAUGGUCUACAAUUGGACGAUUCCGUCGUGUUUGGCGUUCAUCGCGGUCAUCAGUUUGCCCUACGGUGGACGUCCAAGUCCAGUUGUGCAGGAAGUCCCGGAAACGCAUUCGGGCGGCAAUCAACACGCCGACCAAUCGAAAAAGCAUUCGAUCGAAAAGGGACAAGAGGCCCUACCCAGCAACUCGGUAAAAUCAUGACGGAAUGAUCAUCUAGUCAAAAUCGAUAAUAUGAUAUUUUAAAACGAAACAUAAAUUUACAGUAAACAAGUGACUAUUUGUAUUUAAUUAAUUAAUUAGCGUGUAGACAUUAUUGUGUUGUUUAUAAAUUGUAUAAUGCGGUAGGUAACGUCUAAAACUAAUAAAUAAUAAUAGUAAGACGUACACUCAUACGCACAAGGGUCGUGCUAUAGACUUGAGGUAAUUGAUGAUAAAACCGUGUUUAGAUUAUACCAUAUUUUUGAUAUUAGUUUAUUGUAUCCAGUUACUUGAGUUGCCUACUUCAACAGCUGUUAAAAUUGUGUAAUUUUAAUCAAAACAUUUAUAUUUAUAUUUUAAUCAAGCUAAGGCAUAGUACGAAUUGUUAUUGUUAUUAAUUAUUUAUUUUUAUAUAUAGAAUAUCGAUGUCCACAUUGCAUCUGAUAUUCUAAAUAAUAACAAGACAAUGUAAAUACUAUUAUUUUCAAACAACUAUGUGAUAAUAAUUGUAUUGAAAUAAUAUUUUGAAAAAAGGUAAAGAGGCUAAAGAUAUAUAUUCUUUUUUAUACUAGUCUUUAAAUUACAAAUUUAAUGGAUUAUGAGUUUAAUUUUAAAUGUUAUUUUGUACAUAAUAUACAAAAUUGUUUUUUUUUUUAUUAUUAUUAAUAGGUAGGUACAGUGAAAAGCUGUUAAAAUUUAUAAAUAUUAUGCUAAAACUAUUGUUAAACUAUGUUUUGGUUUUUAACAGUAUUUUUUUCUUUUUAAUUAAGAUUUUUAUAAAUUGUUGUACGGUACAAUUGCUUAGUAUAAGUAGACAAUAUUAACGUUUCCCUCCAAAGCUAAUUAAUUAUACAUUACCAUUAUUCAUUAUUAUUAAUUAUUAUCUAAUUAUUAUAAAUAUAUUUAAUUGAUCAAUAUUUAAAUUUUAUUUAAAAGAAAUAAUAAUCAAUUAUUUUUGUUUUAUGUUACACACUAUAUUUUAUGAAAUAUAUU